AUGUUGCCGCGGUCUUUGCCGGGGGUUUUCCCGUCGCUGCCGCAGGAGGAGCUGCAGCUGCCGUCUCUGCAGAAUUUCGACCCCAAGAGAAAGCGAAAGACCCAUGUUGAGAGCCUCCCCAGCCUCGGCUCUUUGGGGGCCCGGGGCCUCCGCUCGAAGUCCUCGAAGGCCCUGGGCAGUCCCUCGAAGUCCGGGGGCCCCGCCGAGGAGCUCCGGGGGGGCCUCGCGCGGUGGCUGGGGGCCCCCGGGGCCCCCGGCAGCAGCAGCAGCAGCAGCAGAGAGAAGGGCGCGGGGCCGCGGCCCCCCAGAGGCAGCCUGGAGGAGCUUUUGGAAGUGGUGAAGACAAUUGAAGAAGAAUGUCUUCUGGACCCCGAGAGGGAAAGAGCUGCUGAGAAGGAACAGGACCCCUUCUUCAGAGAAAUCGAAGCAGUGCACAAGAUGAGCAAGGGGGCCCGGGGGCCCCCCGGAGGCUUCGGAGACGAGGGCCGCGCUGCUGUUUCCCUUGCGGACUUGGCCGCGGGGAACCCCGUGGGAGGCGAGGCGUGGGGCCCCGCAGCAGCAGCAGCAAACGCUGCUGCUGCUGCGCAGCAGCAGCAGCCUGAGGAGCUCACGGAGGAAGACGAGGCUGUGCUGCAGCGCUGGAAAGAAAGAGAUAAACAAUUCGACGCCCAAGUCGCGCAAAUCGGAGACGCCAUAGACCGCAUCGCUGAGGUGGCGGUGACGAUAGGGCAGCAGGCGGAGCAGCACAGCCAGAAGGCGGAGGAAUUGGCGCAGCAGACGCAGCAAGCUGCUGCUGAGCUGCAGCAGCUGGACGCGAAGCUGAAGGCCUUCAUGAAGAGCCAAAGCUCUUCCAACUUCUGCUGCAAGCUCAUUUUGCUGCUGCUCGUCAUGCUGCUCGGCUGCUUCGUCUUCUCCACCAUCUACGCCCGCUACAUGAAAAAGGCCUGA